GCUGACAUUUGACAUUUAUUAUUAUUUAUUAUUGAUCCAGAAAUGUUUUAAAAACAAUUUAUUCUAAAAAUUAUACACUUCCUAGCGUAAACAAAUUUAAAGAAACUUAUUUUAUUAAGUACUAUACUCUAUUAUAAUGAACAGUGAUAUGAACGACGAGAAAAUGGAAGAAGAUAUUGCUCCAGUCACUCUGGGGCAACCCCUAAGUUAUUUUCUCCGACAAUUAGAAGAUUAUACACCAACCAUUCCUGAUGCUGUUACAGCCUAUUACUUGAGAUCUUCCGGUUUUGAACCAAAGGACCCCAGACUUCUACGGCUCAUUUCAAUUGCUGCACAGAAAUUUAUCUCGGAUAUCGCAAACGACGCUUUACAACAUUGUAAGAUGAGGUCUACCAAUGCAGGAACAAGUCACGGGGGCAAUGCAAAGAGUUCAAAAAGUAUAAAAGAUAAACGAUAUUGCUUGACUAUGGAAGAUUUAACUCCUGCACUGGCUGAAUUCGGGAUAGUAAUUAAAAAACCACACUAUUACGUCUAAAUCAAGGGUUCAAUUAAAUAGUUUAUAUUCAAAUAAUCUUUUAAUAAAUUAAUAUUACUGGCUA